AUGGCUGCUCCUCAAGACCAGCAACACCGGCUUCACCCGCGCCGUCGCCCAUUAAAGGCACAGCCCCCAUCCCUGACGACGGACACCCAGGAGGAGUCCAUCGCUGCCUCUGCCUCUGCCCCUCCCCCUGCCUGUGCUUCAUCAUCGUCGUCGUCAGGUCGGGCUAGUAUCCCCUUGAGGAAAGGAGAGACCUUCCAUUCACCCACUACCCCACAGUCUGCCGACCGCGACGACCCUAUUCUUAACAUCCAGUCGCUCCCUCGUCGUACUCCUACCUGCUCUCGUACCUUGGAGGCGAUCGCUUUUGGUGAACAGCGUAUGGCCGAUAUCCUCGGCCGCUUGAAUCUUAACGACGACUCGGACUGCCCUGUUGAUGACGACGACGUUGACAACGUUGACAACGACAACAAUAACGUCUCCAAGGAUAUUCUUACUUCCCGGACCGGUUCCGAGGUUGAUAUGGGAGAGGACCAUCUUCAGCGCCACGGUUCCGCAUCCCCUCGUUUGGAUACUUCCACUAAAUUGACCCGAACCCACACCCACACCUCGGACAGCGGGCUAGGCUCCUCCAUCGCUAGCAGCCAGGCCGUCUCUACCUCAGGCAAAGACAAAGGUAUAUCACCUUCUUCCACCCUACUACCAUCGUCUCUCGUCGUUUCCACCACAAAGUCCAAAGCCGUGUCUGAUCCGCUUGAACCAGUCAAAGAGGGGCGCAUCUCCGUCGAGUCCCGUGCGGGUGCCUCCGUCACCCACGAAACCCAGUCGGCCAUCACCAGCUCCAUCUCCGAGUUCGACUCCCAGAUGUCCCAGAGAAGACAACUGCCUUUAGCCGCUUGCAAAAAGAUCGAGCGCUACAUCCUCCUCCCCAUUCUCCAGGAAGAACGCCUCAAACCCUUUCACCCUCUGGUGGAGAGCCUGCCCAAACGUAUUCUCAAUAAAGAAAUCAGCUGCCUGCGUGAUCUAGAAAAGACCCUUUUGUGGUUGGCACCGGUAUGUCCCUCUUUUAACCCCCCUUCUUCUCUUCUAACUACCGGCGUUGGGGAGUCUUGCUUUUCUUCUUCCUCUUCUUCUUUUUCUUGUUCUUUUCUUGCUCAUUCUGGGUCUUCUCUCUUGAAGCAAUAUUCUGCUUCUAGAUCGUCGUACAUUCGCUUCUUCGAGUUCACGAUCCAGUGCAUCCACACGACGGUCACGCAUCUCAGCGAACGCGAUCAGCGACUACCUGCAGACAGACCUUACACUAACGGCUAUUUCCUUGAUCUUGUCGCCCAGAUUCGCCAGUAUGCAGCUAUGAUCUCCGAAGCGCGUGAAAGAACCCGUGCCAAUCGUGCCGCCUCGGAGAAAGCUGAGAAAGCUGAAAAGGCCGAGAAAGCUGACCAAGCUGACCAAGCUGAGAAAGCUGACAAGGUUGAAAUCCCAGAGAAAGCAGACCCUCCAGCUCCCGUGGAAAAGGAGUUCAUCACCCUCGAGGGCGGUAUGUCGGAGACUGGACGCCCCGCGGAACUGGUCGUCCACAAGGACGGCCAGGCCAUUUCCCUGCGCACUGGACAACCCUACGACCCCACCGCCAUUCCCGCCUUCAAGCGGACCUUGAGCGCAGAACCUUUCGAUGAAGGCGUCGAGCGUUCCAUGGCCCGUCGCAAGAAGAAUGCCCCUCCCAUGGAUAUCAACCAGAAGUGCAAGGACUGCGACAAAGUCUUCAAGCGGCCUUGCGAUCUCACUAAACAUGAGAAAACCCACUCACGCCCCUGGAAGUGCUCCGAGCCGGGAUGCAAGUAUUAUGACAUCGGCUGGCCGACCGAAAAGGAGCGAGACCGCCACAUCAAUGACAAGCACUCCAAGGCUCCAGCUCUGUACCGCUGCAGCUUCGCGCCGUGCACGUACCAGUCCAAGAGAGAGAGUAAUUGCAAGCAGCACAUGGAGAAGGCUCAUGGAUGGGUCUACGUUCGCUCCAAGAACAACGGCAAGCCGGGCAGCACCAGUGGUAGCAGCGGCCGCAGACCCUCCUUGUCGAUGCAGCCGACCCCUACUCCCAGCGUUGCCACCCCACUCUCCAAUUCGGUGGGCCUGUCAACGCCCAUCACUGGACCUAGCCCGUCGCCCUUCGAGGCUCCAUUAGGCUAUCCGGAGAACCCCCCUUUCUCAUUUGCGGAUCCUCCGACCCAGACCUCGUCCAGCAGUGCGGACUUCCAACUGUUCCCGGACAAUCCUAGCCCCUUUAACCCGGUCCCUGACCUGAACUCCUUCCCCUCGUCGCUGGACUUUGAGACAUUCCAGAACUCCCUCGAGGCGGGGGAUCCCAACGGACUGGUCCCUUCCUCGGACAUCCACCGGGCCUCGUUCGACUCCUCCCUGGCGGACCUGGCCCCGCCGCUGAUGUUUAACAGCCACUCGCCGCUCUCGUCCACUGACAACAACAGCAUGAACUUUGACUUUGAUUGGAGUCAUCUGGAGAACCAGAACUUCGACGAGGAGUUCUCGGCCAUGAACAUGCAUCUCCUCACCCCGCCCUCGGUGGACCCCAAGGGGAUGAACGGCUACACGUAUGACACCUCUGCACCCCGCGCCCUCGCGUAUGACCAGGUCAAGGUGCACAGCCUGUCCCCCGGGGGCCAGGGCAACCUGAUGCUUUAUUCGCCCAACUCCAACAAGGCGGAGGACGGGUUGGAGAUGUACGAGCAGGCGGCUUAUCAGGACCCCAAGGCGGGCACCGACUUUACGCUGUACUCUACUUUUCCCCCUGCCGCCCUCGGGGGUAUGAACUUGCCCAACAUGGGCACUCUUGGCGGGCUGAGCCACCAAAACGCCAUGUUUCCAUCCCUGCAGGCGCAACAAGAGCAGGCUCUUUACAUGAAUCAGCACUGGUCGGGUCAGCAGGGCCUCCCCGACCCGUCGAACAUGACUCCUGAAGCAGACAUGGACUUUAUGGGUUAA